AUGGGAACACUGGGGUGCCGAGUCGAAUGGUGAUGCUGCAGAAGGACACUGAAUAUAACGUAGCUGUUUUCUAUCUCUGCCGCUACAUCGUGCGUUGAGAAACAGAAAUUCGAUAAGGCUGCCGGUGCACAACAAGAAACGGCGGCUUUGAUUGUACUGACCUGUUAAGUUACAUCGUUGCGUGAGUGGCGGAUGUGCGCGUGUGCCGCCACCCGGUGGCACGGCUGAGUUUGGCAGGUGGAUGUCGUCCGUAGCGCAUCCCCUGCCAGACCGUUCACCAUCUGCGACGUCACGAAGCGUAAUGACGUCGCCAAACCCGGACGUUGCCUCGAAUAUAUCUACUGACGAUGUUCCUGCCACACGCACGCCUUUCUUCCACCCACUACUCCCAGGAAUUCACACCGUGCAUCUUCGCAGUCAUGGGCAACCAGGUCUCCAGAGCUCAAUACCUCACCGUGGGGUCCUUUCUCGUCAACUUCGGCACCCAGCUCUACGGGAUGUUGACCAGUCCCAACAUGAAAGACGUCGCCGAACAGUACCACUACGCCUUUUCCCCGAAUCCUUAUUUCAUCGCCGCGUUCUUCUCCGGACAAGUAGUCCUCCAAUUGGCCUGGAUCCGCAAACUCUUCUCUCUCGAUCCUUCAGGCUAUCAAAAGGUUGGUUCCGGUAGCGCAGACGGAGUCACCGCCGAAGAAGUGGAGUCUAUCCAGACGGCUACGGAGUAUGCGCCCGUCUAUGCGUUGGGAAACCUUUGCAUCGCCGGAUGGCUCUUCUUCUGGCUGCGCGAGGAGUUCACCGCCUCCCAAGUGUUGGUCACUAUCAACACUAUCGCUCAACUCGCUGCUGUGGCUCGCCUCCCGCCCAUCACGCCGGGCAGCUCGAGGCUCAUGGUCCUGACCCAUUUGGUCGCCAAGACUUUCGCUGGUGUAGGGGUGCUGGACCUGCUCGACAACGGUGGCGUAAUGACGCGCUAUAUAGCUCCGCCAUCUAAGCUGGCUCAAGGUCUCACGUACGCACUCUUCCCCCUCGCGACAGCUGUGUCUACGCCGUUUUUCGGGUUGACUCUCCUGUAUGAUGUUGUGGGGGUCUGCGUUGGUCAACGCGGUGUAUUCGGCGCCAGCGGAUGGAGCAAUGGGUUGGGCUGGACCGCAGCCGCAAUGGGUGGUAUUAUCGGUGUCAAGGCAUUCUUGACGCGCAAAAUAUUGUAAAGAGCCCACCGCAUUUUCAAUCAUUGUGAAGCCAUCGAUGUAUCAUAGUGUAGGAUGUGUUCGACGACAUGGAGAUGUAUGUCCUGUACCAGUGUAUUUGUUGUCAGUGUGGCGGCAUGCUUAGUUUGAACUAUGGUCAUGUCAUAUUUGCAUG